UCUCUUUCUAUAGGAGGUACGAGCUACGAAUCUAUAUUAUGACAAACGUCUCACAAACAGCAGGUUACACCCGAUUGGUGACUAUACCAACUAUCCCGUUCACUGGAGCGAACGACACCUAUUCCUUAUCUCAACUCACCAGUAUUGUGGUUGAUGAGCGCUAUGCCGAUGCUAUAGACAAUGAUGGAGCAACCCAAAUCCCACCUACCUUGCAACAAUUCGCCGAGACUUUCCAAAAAGACCUCCAAUCCACGGUAGGGAUUGAUAUACCACUCACCUCUAGCAGGACGGCCGCAGUCAACUCAAUUUUCUUUACGCUUGCCAAUGAGACUGGAUUCCAAGACGCUGCCGGGAGAUAUACCUCGGAAGCAUACACGCUAACAAUCAACGAAAAUGGCGUGCGAAUCUCUGGAGCCAGUCCACUAGGUGCUUGGUGGGGAUCGCGGUCGUUGAUUCAGGCCGCUGUCGUCAGUGGCCACACUCUUCCCCAAGGAUCUGCUGUGGAUGCGCCUGGGUGGGCCAAUAGAGGUGUCAUGGUAUGUAACUUGCUUACCAAACUACUCCAUUGCCUCGUUAUAUACCUUAACCGAGACUUGUACAGUUGGAUGCUGGGCGCCACUUUUACCCCCCUGAGUUUCUGAUCGAAAUGUGCGCCUUCCUGUCCUUUUUCAAACAGAAUGUAUUUCACGUGCAUCUAAGCGACAAUCUCUACAACAACGUAGAUGGAUAUUCCGCUCAGCAGUCAAUGGAUCUGUAUGCAGCAUUCCGCCUAUGGUCGGAUGAUCCUGCGGUAGCUGGUCUCAAUAAACGCGCCAAUGAAUCCUAUACUAAGGAACAAUUUGACAACGUCCAACAACAGUGUGCCCGACGAGGUGUCACUAUUAUUCCCGAAAUUGAAGCUCCAGGCCAUGCACUGGUUAUCUCCCAGUGGCGCCCUGAGCUGGCGCUUGACGAUCUCAGCAUGCUCAACAUUACUCACCCCGACACCAUUCCUACUAUGAAGGCCAUUUGGAAGACCUUCUUGCCGUGGUUCCACAGCAAAACAGUCCACAUAGGUGCAGACGAAUAUGACACAGAUCUUGUGACUGACUAUACAUCUUUUGUUAAUACGAUGCGCGACUAUAUCUCCAGAGAAUCAGGAAAGAGCAUGAGAAUCUGGGGCACCUUCACCCCAAUACAGGGUGCCAAUGUGUCCACGGAUGUUUCCAUCCAGCAUUGGGAGUUCUUCGAGGAUAAUCCUUACUUCGACUACAUCAAGAAUGGAUAUAAUGUGCUCAAUUCGGACGAUGCGUUCUACAUUGUAGGCAAGUGGUCCGGUAGCUACCCAUCCACGUUGAACAAGACUCGUGUGUUCCAUGGAAAUCCCGCCGGCGGGGCUUUUGCUCCCAACGUCUUCGACACCAAGAAUGUCACCAACAAUCCUCCUCGAAACGAUCCACACGUGCUUGGUCACAUCGCGGCUCUAUGGAACGACUAUGGCCCGAAUUCUACUACGGUUCUUGAAACAUACUAUUCGUGGAGGGAUACCCUUCCAGCUUUGGCUGACAAACAAUGGGGUGGAAACAUUCUGGAGGAGGAAUAUGAUGCAGUGUUCAACAAGAUUCACGCCGCAAUCCCUGGACAGAACCUGGAUCGUCAGGUGAAGAGCCACACUGAUACCAUACUACAUUACAAAUUCGAUAGUGACACCGAGACCGUCGUUGAUCAUUCAGGAAACGGCUAUGAUGGAGUUAUGCGGGGAUGCCACGUUCAAAACUCUGCUCUCGUACUUUCCAACGGCUGCUAUGUGGACACCCCGCUAGGUAGCAAAGGGAGAGACUACACUUUAUCAUUCUGGGUGAACCCCACGUCAAGCAACCCUGGCACCCUCUUUGCCGGACCCGACUCGGUUCUUCUAAGUGGAAAUGGGUCGAUUAGCAACAUAACCCUGAUAAGCGGUGGAAACCCAUAUUCACUCAACUAUAGUCUUCCUUUGGAUACGUGGACUCAAGUGCAUUUGGUUGGAAGGGGCAAUCAGACUCUGCUUAGUGUCUCCGAUUCAGGUGCGGGAUCCACAACGAUGGAGUUUCUUGCGCGGCUGGGGAUCAAUGGCGAAAGCCAGGUUUGGGCACCCAUUGCAAUCGAAGCCCCACUAGCACGGAUUGGGGAAGGCUUCAAUGGGAUGAUGAAGGAGGUUGUUCUACGAGGGAGUGCUGAGUGAAAGGGGUCGUAGGCCUGCUUUCAUGGACUAGGUGGCAUGGGCAUACUUUGCAAUAUAAUCCCUCGGAUUCUUAAUUAUAGAACAGCAAUUAUAUACUGGUCUGGCAGAAUUUAAGAUAAACACUGUCCUGUUGAGUAAUCUUACAAUGA